GAGAGAGAGAGGGAGCAUCCAUUAGCAGGCUAGGUGGCUAACUGGAGCUAACGCCAGCUAUGGUCCACCACCACUACCACCACCAGCGUCUCAUUCCUACAGUGAACAGCGGCAGCUCGGAAUGAUUGGCCUGGCUCGGACAGCAGACUGGGAGCAUGGGGACUGUUUGGAUUUCACACCGCUAGCUGGGGACGCCAUGGUGCGGCGGAUCGAGUGAGGGGCUUGAGACGCUGAUGCCAGCUGCAGGCUGCAGCUGAGAGCACUCAGGAUGAGUGGGGCUGGAGAGCACACGGACAUCCUGUCAGUGGCAGACCUGGUCCGGGACAGAUGGAAAGUGGUGAGGAAGAUAGGUGGAGGUGGGUUCGGGGAGAUCUACGAAGUCCUGGAUCAGCUGAGCCAGGCCACCGUGGCUCUGAAGGUGGAGUCUGCUCAGCAACCCAAGCAGGUGCUGAAGAUGGAGGUGGCUGUGCUGAAGAAGCUUCAGGGCAAAGACCACGUGUGUCGCUUCGUGGGCUGCGGCAGGAACGAUCGCUUCAACUACGUGGUGAUGGAGCUCCAGGGGAGGAACCUGGCAGAUUUGCGCAGAACAAUGACCCGCGGCACCUUUUCCGUCUCCACGACUUUGAGACUUGGCAAGCAGAUUUUAGAGGCCAUUGAAAGCAUCCAUUCUGUGGGCUUCCUGCACCGCGACAUAAAACCUUCAAACUUUGCGAUGGGGAGACUAGCCAGUACCUGCAGAUGCUGCUAUAUGCUUGAUUUCGGUUUGGCUCGACAGUUUACCAACUCCAGCCAGGAAGUCCGUCCACCUCGUCCUGUUGCGGGUUUCAGAGGAACUGUGCGAUACGCGUCAAUCAAUGCUCACAAGAAUAAGGAAAUGGGUCGUCAUGACGACUUGUGGUCUUUAUUCUACAUGCUGGUCGAAUUCACGGUUGGUCAGCUCCCCUGGAGGAAAAUUAAAGACAAAGAACAAGUGGGGAAUCUAAAAGAGACGUACGACCAUCGACUCAUGCUGAAGCACCUUCCCUCAGAGUUCAGUGCUUUCCUGGAUCACAUUUUGACCUUGGACUACUUCACCAAGCCUGACUAUCAGCUCCUGAUGACUGUGUUUGAGAACGCCAUGAAGAGCCACAACGUGCUGGAGAACGACCCCUACGACUGGGAGAAAUGCGACUCGGAGGAUAUGCUGACCAUCACCGCCGCGGCAACCACCGCUCAGCAGCUCACCCGCCUGACGCCGGCGUACUUGGGCAUGGCCAAUGCUUCGGUGCUGCCGGGCGAGCUGCAGAGGGAGAACACCGAGGACGUCCUGCAAGGGGAGCGCCUCAGCGACGCCGACAACUGCCCCCCCAUCCCCACGCCGACUACCCCCGGGGCGGACGUGUGGGAAGAGAUGGACCGCAACAGAAACCACAAGCACGCUCAGCCCAUGAUCAGGAAGGUGGUGAGUGAGGAUGAACACAGUCAGAACCAGGGGAACCAGAGUCCCAACACCGGCUCCAUUCAGAGUUCGCCAAGACGAGUGAGAUCGGAGACCAUGUUCUUGGACCGGGCUGCGCCGCUGCUCCGCAGGAUGAGGCACAGCCAGAGCUUGGCAUUCGAAAAGAGGCUCGCACCUGAACCCAAGCCCACCAUCGAACGGUUCCUGGAGGCCUACUUGGGCAAACAGCGUCCGUCCCUCUCUCAAGUCGGCGAGAAAUCCUUUCCCGAGAAGGGCCCCGGGCAGCAGACGGCUUCCUGCAACGAGGAGCUGUCCGGCACGGCGACCCCCGACCCGGAGGAGGGCGCGGCCAGCAGCGGCUUCGUGGCCGUGAACUUCAGCCCCGUGCCCCAGGAGGGCGACUCUCAGGAGUGGGUGAUGCUGGAGCUGGAGCAAGGCAGCGGCUCGGGGGGGAGCAAGCCCUCAACGGAAGCCCUGCACGAGAGCAAGCCGGGGGCGGCCCAGGCCGAGAGGCACUCCUUCGAGCCGCAGGAUGGGACCUCCGCUGUGGUGCCCACUAGCCCCGUGUUGUCGCAGAUGGCCAUGCCCGGGACGUGGUUGUUGGGCCACAGGAGGCUGCCGGGGAUGCUGGGACAAAUGCCUUCGGUCCUCAUGGGAAGACCCCAGAUGGAGCAGUCCUCCAGCUGCGCCCCGCAGUCCCCUGUCCAGGAGAAGAGUGAUGCAAUACCACUAGAGGCACCGUCCUGUAAACCCGAGGAGCUCUCGGAGGAAAUCUUAAAGGACAGAGGCAGGCUGGACUUGGCUCCGGUGCCGAACUCAGCCAAAGGCCCCUCCUCUCACCUGACCAACGACAGAGACCCGGAGAGCGACUCCGGUCUGCCCGAUCGCUCCUCGGAGCCGAAUCAGCAGCCUCAGGCCGACACGACGGGGGGCGCCGCGGAGAGCGCCGUCACCGUCUCCUCCUCCCCGCCCCCAGCCCUCCUCCGUCGUAGAGACUCUCCCUCCUCCCCGAGGUCGAGUCGGAUACCCGUGCGAGACCCCAGCAGCCCGCUGGACUCCCCGUGCAGGGACCUGGCCAGGGAGAGGCGUCAGCGCUGGAGCAGCCCGGUGCCCGGCUCCCCCACCCACUCGCCCUCGCCGUCUCUGUCCUGUGACAACCUGCCCUGCGCCCUGCUGAGGGACAGGCUCUCCUCGGAGCGGGGCUCCAAGUCCGACUGCGCGGGGGAAGACCCCCUCUCCCUGUCCUCCUCGUCGGGGAGCAAAAGCAAGAUCCCGCGUCCGGUUAGUGCCACGUUUGUGCCAGAGCAGCUCACCAGCAGGUUUCUCCCCCGGCCGCCUCCCGGGAAACCGCCCACCCGCCCGUGCGUGGAUAACAGGCGGCGGCGGCUAAGAGUGCGCGCCAGCAGCACAAGUGACGCGGACUUCCUCGCCAGUCUGACUCAGCUGAUGCAGGACCGCAGCGGGAUGCUCUUCAGCCCUCCUCCUCGCCCCCGCAGCAGCUCCUCGUCGCUGCAGCGCUCGCUGAGCUCCUCCCCCUCCCGCCAGGAGCUGCGUGACGGCGCGGCGCUGCAGGGACGCAGCCGCUCCCCGUCCAGCUUCUCCAGCUCCCCUCCUCCUCCUCCUCCUCCUCCUCCCCGGCACGCUCACCCGCAGCCAGACAGGUCCGGCGUGCAAGGUCAGUGGGGCCACGGCUCCAGGGGAAGGGGUCCGGUGUACGAGGGCAAGAGCUGCGGCAGAGCGAUCCGAUGACUCAUGCGCGACUGACUGAUCCCGGAUUGUGCAACUGUAGCGACGGGCCGCCUCACACCCAGGCCCUGAUAGCAUGUGUAAAUAUGGUAUUUACUCAAGGGAAUGUACUGUAUGUAAUGUAAAAUGUAUGAUAAAUUGUAUUUAUUUAUUUAUUCAUUUGUUGGAUGUGUCUCUCAGAAUACUUGACAUUGUGGCUUGAUACCUGCAGCCGGGAAAGAAAAAAAACGGAAAAAAAACUUUGAGGAAAGUCUUGAGAUUGCCAACUCUUACCUCUCAUUUCAGCCCUCUCUUAAAACUCCAUAUAGGCCUACUACGAGACCAAAAAGAUGAUAUUUAAUACUUGAGGGAUGUAAAAAUGAUGCUAACUGUAGAUAUUGUACCAUUAAGGAAAUGGUUAACACUAGUAGAAAACCAUGUAUUGACAUAACGAACACUAAUAGUAAAUAACACCACUAGCAGUAUAACAACAUCAGCGUUCAUGUACAGACCAGGGCAUGCAGUCCCAUGUUGACCUCACUGCUGGGUUAAUUAAUGAUAGUGUGUAACAAUGAAUCGCUCAUUCUGACAUAUCACAGUGUAGUCGUGUGCUUUUACUUUGCUAGAGAAUAUCUGUCAUGUAAAAGGCAUCAUCAUAUUAGAAUGUAUCUGUUAAGUGCACUCAUACUUAAGUAUUAUAAAGGUGCAUGAGUAUCAUUGCUUUUUUUUGUUUGUUUGUUUGUUUUUUUUAAUUCAUUUGUACAACCAGCUAAAGCAUCUGUAUUUUUAUUGAACUGCUUCUGAUCAAAAUACAUCAUAAUGUAGACGA